AUGGCUUGCUUGAAAAGUGAUGUUAAAAUGUAUUCGAAAACUUUGAUAGCAAUUAGUAUCAGUAAUACAAGCGAACGUCCUCUACAAGAUAUCGAUGAAGAACAAGUGAGCUCUCUAUGCUUUCAGCUAUUGAUUGAAGUUAUUUAUCGUUUUCCACAAACAUUGACAGCACAACAACAAAUGAUUGAAGAAUGUCGUGAAAAUGAUGUAGAUAACCCAUCUCAAUUACGGUUAAUUGGUACACAAUAUAUUGAUACAAUUUUUAAUUAUCAUUAUUUUCUAACUGAUUUAUUUAAACAAUUGACUACACUUUAUCAAGAUCAAUUUGGUAAAAAAACAGGCAAACUAACUGUUUAUUGUGGUCAACAAAUAAACGCACAAGAAUUGGAAAAAUUGAAAAUUAAUCAAGGUCGUCUUACAUCAAUUAAUACAUUUUUCUCAAUAUCAACAUCAUGUUCAGUUGCAGUCGAUUUUUCUGGCAAUGGUGAACAUCAGUCUAUGGGUAUUGGAUCUGUUGUCUUUGAAAUUGACAUUGAUCUUAACGUGAAAAGACGUCCAUUUGCACAAAUCAAUAACUUCAGCGAUAAUUAA